AUGGAACCCCUUAACCCGUUCUUUGCAUCCCUCCAUCCGCCCAAACUGAACAUCGUCCCGAGCAACCUCCUCCUGGACGCACACUGCUGGAUAAUCGGCACCGAAACCACCGGCAACAACACCUUCUUCCGCUCACAGGUCGUGCAGUGCUCGUACCCAAUCAGCGGCGGCUACGGGCCGACGGCGCGGUACGUCUACUACUUCAUGGCCAUCCUCUCCGUGGUCGCGCACAAGCAGUCAUGGGUUGCCACUGCCGCCCUCGGCUCCGUCAUAGUCUACAGCUCCACCGCUGCGAUCCACGCCCUCGUUCUCGUGUACUUCCGCAAGCUUCUCACGCCGUAG